AUGAAUGACAUAUCUUCAUCAUCACUUGGAGUUGUAAUAACUGGUGAAGAUGGCGCUGAAGAAUCCUCAGAUGGUGCGGGCGAGGAAGGGAUUCCAGAAAGGGAUGGUGCUUCUACAGAGCUUGACGAAUCCAGGUAACUCUCGGCAAGCUCGGUUUUCAGGAAGGCAGAAAACUGUAAUAGAACUCGUCAGAAAGACUCGGCUCAAGGUCACCUGGGUAAAUUUUACAAAGCUGAUUUGCACUCAGUGUCAGUUUGUCGUCAGGUAGCUCCUUCAUAGUUCUUAAAAAUCCAAACCUUGAUGCAACAGUGGCGUGACGUAUGCUUCCUUACGUUUCUUCAACUCAGCAACCAAACUAUCGAUAAUAACCAAAAACGUUGCCGUUCGAAAAUUAUCGGCAGGUGUAAGUUCUACUUCCGGAACUGUUCCUGGUUCAUCAUAACGACGAUUCCGCAGGCGAUUUCAUUUCAUUUCGUCUUCGUAAUGUUCGUAUCCACUGAGCAAUUUUCCUUCAGCCUCGAACUGCUCAAAUUUUGGUCUCAUAUUUUUCACAUACUCUUCCAGGGAUUCAUAAAUAGCAGCAGCCGAGUUAAUGUCUUGAUCCGCGGAUUGAAGCAAUUGGCUGUUACUGUUAAAACACUUCAAGAUACGGUGCCAUACCAGAGUAAGUAUGCCAGUCUCCAAACGAUCCAUAUUAGAAGCGUGAUUUAGAGCUUCUUUUCGAGUAUCUCCUUUCUGCUCUGGAUCUGCAGCAAUCUCUUUCAAUCCAGCUUUGAUUUCUUCGAAGCCCUUGACCACGGCUUUAACAGCGGCGGCAUGCGCUCACCAGGGAGUGUCUGAUAGACGUUUUACUGUGGGCAAGCCUUUUUUCUUUCAGCCGAUUAUGGACUACUUUCCAACGGUGUGUUGAAGCGACGAGGAAAGAAUAUAAACCUUGGACAAAGCCAAAAAAUCCGACAGAUUCCAGACAGCAACUUACUGCUGAUUGGCCGACUACAUUGAGAGAAUGUGCGGCGCAAGGCACAUACUCGGCAAGUGGGCACUUUUGGUGAAUAACAGCUUGCAUAAAUAAUAAUUAAUAAUAUAGCAUCAUAUACUUUUAGCCACAUCGCGGGGCCCUGGAAGGCGCGGGGCCCGUGGCAUAUGCCGCAUCUGCCACUGUGUAAAACCUGCGCUGCCGGUUCGCAAGCUAAUAUACUCCCCGUAGCGUAACAACGUUUAGAAGUUUAGAAGAUGUCCAGCUCGAGACGACAGCAGUCAAACUCACAAGCUACACGGGAGAACAUUUGCCGGUAUUGGGACAAUGUUACUUGAAAUGUAAUGACAAAAUUUAGAAGUUUUUUGUUGUUGAGACGAAGCAAGUACCUAUCUUGGGUUUACAGACCUCGAAAGAUCUGAACUUAAUCAAGUUGGUUAUGAACGUAAAGUUAUCAAAGCGAGAAAAUACGACGGCGAAAUCUGUCAAUGAUAUGGCCAGUCAAUUUCCUAAAGUUUUUCAAGGGCUUGGUUGUUUCAAGAAACCCUAUCAUAUCCAAGUGGACCCAAAAGUUACUCCAGUUGUGAGCACAUUGAAGAGUCAACCGGUAGCGCUGAGAGAUCGACUUAAACAGUCCGUGGAUGAAAUGGAAGCAGAUGGGGUAAUCGAGAAAGUCGAUCAAUUCUGUUGUAGUGGUAAUGAAACCUAACAGCAACAAGUUACGGAUUUGCCUAGACCCAAGACCAUUAAAUUAAGCGAUCCAGAGAGAGCACUACACGAUGCCAACCAUUGAAGAAAUAACGUGUCGCAGGAGCUACGGUGUUUUCGAAGUUAGACGCUAACUACGGCUAUUGGCAAGUCGCAUUAGAUGACGAAAGCCAGUUGCUAACAACGUUUAACACGGAAUUUGAUCGAUAUUGCUAUAAGCGAAUGUCUUUUGGAAUUAAGUCCGCCCAGGAAGUGUUUCAGAAGCGUAUGAGCCAAUUAUUCGGUGAUUUUGAAGGCGUAGAGACCGACGUUGACGAUAUCUUAGUUUGGGGUACCACAACCGAAGAACAUGAUCAGCGUCUGAAGAAUUCGCUACAGCGGUGUGAAGAAAUCAACCUUACCCUAAACCAGAGCAAAUGCGAAUUUGGUACAACUGAAGUCGUGUACAUUGGCCAUAAACUAACCGCACAAGGGGUUAAACCAGACGAGUCGAAAGUUGAUGCCAUCAACAAAAUGCCUUCACCUACUUGCAAGAAAGACGCAGAGAGACUAUUGGGAAUGGUCAACUACGAAAUUUAUCCCCAACAUGUCUAUCAUCACCGACCCGAUUAGAAUCGUGAUGAAGAAUGACGUGCAAUUCGAGUAGGGCAGCCGCCAAGAAGAAUCGUUUCAGAAAAUAAAAGAAAUCCUCACUGCUGCGCCAGUACUAGUUUAUUACGACGAUUGCAAACCAGUGACAAUAACUUGUGAUGCCUCUAAAUCAGAUCUGGGAGCGGUGUUGUUACAGGAUUCAAAGCCCGUUGCAUAUGCGUCAAGAGCCUUGACUGAUGCAGAAACGAGGUACGCCCAAAUCGAAAAAGAACUGCUAGCCGUAUUAUUUGGUUUCGAAAGGUUUAUUCAAUACACUUUUGCACGACCCGUGGAAGUCGAGAAGGAUCAUAAACCACUGGAGGCAAUAACCAAGAAACCUCUCUCGAUGGCACCACCUCGCCUACAAAGAAUGUUAUUGCGCCUACAAAGAUAUGACUUUAUCGUAAAGUACAAGCCUGGAAAAGAAAUCGUAUUCGAAGACACUCUUUCCAGAACAUACGUUCCAAACUCAGAGCCAGAUGAAAGCCACAUGGAAGACGAAGUCGAAAAUAUACACUCUGUUUUGCACAGAAUACCUGUAUUAACAGAUAAUUAUAAACUGGAGAAGAUUCGAGAAGAAACAUCAAAAGAUCCGACGAUGAUGGUUCUUUUGACGGUGAUUCGUAGAGGAUGGCCGCAGUUCAGACAACAGACACCGGUAGAAAUCCACGAGUUUUGGAAUUAUCAGGAUGAAAUGUCAGAGAUCGAGGGUGUCAUUAUGAAAGGAGACAGGAUAGUUACACCAACAGUGUUACGAAGUCAGAUGUUAGCUCGAGUACAUGAUAGCCAUAUGGGAAUUGAGAAAUGUCGAGGUCGAGCGAGAGAUAUAAUUUUCUGGCCAAAGAUGAACGAACAGAUCAAUGACCUGAUAUCAAAGUGUGACAUUUGUCAAGAGCAUCAGUCGUCAAAUACCAAAAGAGCCACUGAUUGA